AUGAAACUCGGUGUUCAUCCGGUGAGAACGCCAUGUGGUACUUCAGGUUCAUAUUUUGUCCGCGAUGCUAGCAAGAAGUAUAUCGCGAUAUUUAAACCAAAGGAUGAAGAACCUUUUGCAUCAUUAAAUCCUAAAUGGCCGAAAUAUUUUCAACGAAUCCUAAGCUUUUGUUGUUUUGGUCGAGCUUGUCUCAUCCCUAAUAUGGGUUAUAUGUCUGAAUUGAAGAUAGUGCCUAACACAUAUCUCGUUCAACUCGCUUCUCCAUCAUUCUUUUAUCGAAAACAGGGUGAAUUCAAGCUGAAAAAUGGAAGCUAUCAGUGCAUUAUCAUAUUCCGUGUACAAUUAAUGAAAUCAUAUUUUCAGCAACGUCUGAGAAUAAAUAGAAAAUCAAAAAAUAGUUCGUUUCAGUUAUUCGUUGAUGGCUUUGAGAGUGCAAAUAUUGUUCUAGCAAAAUGGUCGCAUAAAUCGCCGUUAACUGAGAAGGAAUCGCAAAAAUUUCAUAUAUUAUUCCAGAAAAUGUGUGUUCUUGAUUAUGUUAUAAGGAAUACUGACCGACAUAUGGAUAACUGGCUAAUUAAAUAUAAACAGAAUGAAGAAAUAGAUAUUGCUGCAAUCGAUAAUGGAUUAGCAUUUCCAGUAAAACAUCCAGAAACCGCAAGUCGCCUAAGGCCAUUCCCAUUUGAAUGGGCGAAUCUUUCAUGGGCACUAAUUGUACUAUUAAACAAUAUUUUUCAACCAUGGGACGAUACAUUAAAGGAAUUUUUAUUGGGCUUGCUUACAACAAAAUUUGUGCGAGAUCUAUGCGCUGAUCUCAGAACUCUUUUCAAAUACGAUCCAACCGCUAACAGUUUGCUCAUUCACAAUCAGCUAAAAGUGAUGAGAGGACAGAUAUGGAACCUUAGAUGCUCAUUAUUGAACGAAGAAUCUCCUGCUCAGAUGGUAAAGAAAGCGCCGAUUCUUGUUUCCUUUCGAAAUCGAGGUUAUAUUGGCUCAAUCACUGCUGACUGGAACGAAGCAUUUAUCGUUAAACCAGCUGAUUAUAGGCGAAGACAAUGGUGUUGA